GGUUUACACAGUUGGUUAAUAUGAAUGGAGAUAGUGUAACUGUGAACUGGGAUUUAAAGUUCCGAGAGUCUUUAAAUCUGUUGUGGCUAUUGGUCAGAAAAACGUGAUCGUGCUGCCAUAUACUAGAGCUACUAGUUUUACUACGGCGUCUUGUACUUCAUGCCAUUCCUCAUACAUUUUACCAUCCUCAUUCUCAUGGCAGACUGUUUAGAGAAUCUGGGAUUGGACUCCCUCUCUCUUCCUACCUUCCAAAGCAGCUAUGAAGCAACCCCACAGGGUCAAGUUCGGCGAUACAUUGACGGGACUCUGGCAUCUUCCCUCGGCGAACUAUGUACACUGGACGGUCGACCAGCCAUAACCCUCAAACGGAGAUCCGGGAAAAUGUCACUGUUUAUUAAUCCCACGAAUGGAGCUCUCGAGAGCGAUGGGACAGAAACACAUAUUACCUAUACAUGGCCGGGGGCAAACGCCCAUGAAGCCCGGAAGUUCACAAUUAUCUUUCGGAUUCUUGCGAUUAUUACAGACGCCGUCAACACAGGGUUGGUUGUUUCCAGAAGAGACAUUUAUUACAAUGACCCAACCUGUUUUGGGACGCAGAGAAUUGUUGACACCGUAAUUGACGACUUAGCUUACACGAUUGGAGUCGAUAGAGCUGCGUUGAACGUUGAAGCAGCUGCGAAAGGCCUCGUGGCAGGAUCUUACCGAACUUUAACCAAACCCGGAGAGCCUAUGGUUGCGCAUCUUUCUACUAAGGACUCACUAGUGCCAAGCUCACAAGAGAUCGGUGAAAUCGAUGUUUUCGAAGCUAGCUGGGUCUUAAUUAUCGAGAAAGAGGCCGUCUACCGCCGACUCGCAAGAAGCGAAUAUUAUACUAGAGCGGCAGCAGGAAAGGGGAUCCUCAUCACUGGAAAAGGUUAUCCAGAUUUGUCAACUCGAGCCUUCGUCCGCAAAAUAUUCGAGGACAGCCACCGAUUAGGUAGGGCGCUGACUUUUUACGCUCUAGUUGAUAGCGACCCCGACGGCAUGGCCAUUAUGUCAACAUACAAGUACGGCUCCAUGGCACACACGAGUCAGAAUGGAAGGUUGAACAUUACUCGUCUCCGGUGGCUAGGCCUCCGAACAUCCGAAGUCGUAACUGGAGCAUCGAACAAUGACGACGAGGCGUUGAUCCGAUUAACAGCGAGAGACAGAAAAAAGAUCAUUACCAUGCUGUCCAACAAUCCUGUAUGGAUGGAGGAGGGGCCUGAGCUGGAAUGGCGUGCGGAGCUGCAGCAAAUGCUCAUGCUGAACCUGAAAGCUGAAAUAGAAAUACUGUAUGAUCGGGACGGCGGACUGGAAGGAUGGGUCGAUCGUAAGAUGGAAAGUUUCUCUUUGCAACAAGAUGACUAGGACCAGAAGACCCAUAUAUAUGCAAUGACAAGCAAGCUAUUUACUUUGUAUCUGAUCUGUCAAAAAGCCCACUUAGUGAGAAGAAAAAAGCAAGUAAGGAGCACAAACAGGCUCUGAUAGUAAGUGGCCCAGACAGAAAGAAUGCACCAUAAACGCCGAAACCCCCAUCACCAAUUGAAGACAAUGCAUGCAUACAUACACCCCAAGCUAUGCCACGCGCUACAAGCACGGGCGCAGCACAAUGAAAGAGACGUCACUCUUCUCCACCAUGCCCUAACUCAAAGAGGAGGACUUCUAC